AGAAAGGCAUCUCCUUCUAUGGACCUGGCGCAUGGCGUGUUCUUGACCUAUACUUUCAUCUGACAGUGAACUUCCGGCUUCGCAUCCUCUUUUUCCGUUAUAACGAGCAUGUGGUUUCAUGUCCUAUAUAAUGUGCGCCGUAUAUGAACUAUGCCUCCUCGUUCCAGAGUGAAGAAGUGACCCAAAAUGUUCUCUGUUGCUGUCCUCGUUGGAUUGCUUGCCGCCACCGUCAACGCCCAGUCGCCAGUAUGGGGACAAUGUGGCGGUAUUGGGUGGACAGGAGCUACUACUUGUGUUUCGGGCACAGUGUGUACGAAACUCAAUGACUAUUAUUCUCAGUGCCAGCCUGGAGCUGCCCCACCACCAACUACGGCCAACCCACCACCUCCCUCAACGACCGGCGGACCCGCUCCUACUUCCGCACCUGCUGGUGUCACGUUGUACCUUGCAGGAGACUCGACCACUGCUCCUGACACCGGAACAGCUUACGCUGGCUGGGGUACACAGAUUGGCAAGUAUUUGAGCAUUCCCAUCAACAACCAGGCAGUUCCCGGAAAGAGCUCUCGCAGCUUCACCGAUCUCGGAUACUUCAAUAACAUCAUUAACUCCGCUAAGACCAACGAUCUUGUGAUCAUUGAGUUCGGACACAAUGAGGGCGGUGGUCCUGCUGGUAACCCUCAACAGGGUGUCUGCCCCGGGACUAGCUUGACAGCUACCUGCCAAGACCCGAGUACCGGACAAACCGUCUACACCUAUUUCAAGUAUAUGGAAGAUGCGAUUAACUCUCUCAAAGCCAAGGGCGCAAAAGUUAUCGUGUCUUCUCAAACACCGAACAACCCGUUCAAGGAUACUAGCGGCACUCCCGUCUAUGUCUCGUAUGCUCAGCAGGUCGCUCAGCAGACUAGUGUGGCAUACGUCGAUCAUUUCUCCUACACACUGAAGCAAUAUCAGGCAUUGGGUGCCAACACAGUGAAUGGUUACUUCCCUGUGGACACCAUCCAUACUAGCAGCGCCGGUGCAGAUGUUGUGGCUCAGGCCUUGGUGCGCGGCGUGCUCUGCGUUUCCGGUAAUCCGCUCGCGCCGUAUGUCAAGAAUACGAAUGUACAGCCAAGCACCUGCAUUUGAGAAAAGAGCGAGCGACCGUUGGUACUAAACGGUAGUAUAUGCCUGAGGGCUUUCUGAAAAGGUUGUAGUUACAUCCAUCUUCUACGUAUAAUGUCUGUACGAUGUAUACUAUGCGAGUCAGACCGUCGAGGGAUCUUCUUCAUUGAAUCGUCCAGCCUCGGGGCACCACCUCAGAGGAGGCUCAGCGCUCAGCACCGUAGCUCCUGCAACGCC